AUGGGUUCCCUGUUUCUUUUUCCCGAAAUCGUAUCUUGCUCAAUCGUGUAAAAUCUUCCAGUAAAUUCCCCUGAAAUGGCUGAUAAAUCUAGCAAGGAAUUCCAAAGCUUUUUGGACAAUAAUCAGUAUACCUCUAGCGGGAUCCUGCGAUAUGAGAGGGUGUUUGGACGAGGGUUUGUGAGCACUGGGGGCCUUGAGACAACCAAGGAAUUUGUGGAAAUGCUCAACCUUGCUCCUGGGCAGAAGGUCUUAGAUGUUGGCUGUGGUAUUGGAGGAAGUGCUUUUUACAUGAUCAAGAAUUUUCAUAUGGAAGUCCGUGCCGUUGACUUGUCAACCAAUAUGAUUGAAAUAGGCAAGCAACGGGCUGCUGAAUUUGAAAUAGAUAAGGUUGAUUUUGAAGUAGAGGACAUCACUUCUGCAAAGUAUGAACCUGGAACUUUUGACGUGAUAUAUAGCAGGGAUACAAUUUUACACAUUGAAGACAAAGAAAGCUUGUUUACAAACUUCUUGACAUGGCUAAAGCCUGGUGGACAGCUGCUGAUUUCAGACUAUUCAUGUGGGACUGGUGAAUGGUCCAAGAGGUUUAAGGCAUAUGUUACUCAGAGGCAUUACCACUUAUUAGACCCCGAAUCUUAUGGAAAGCUUGUAGAGAAAGUUGGCUUCUCUAAUGUAAGAGCCGAGGAUCGCACCUCACAGUUCAUGGAUGUCCUACAAAAGGAGAGAGAGAAGACAGAGAAACAAAAAGAUGAGAUGUUAAAGUCAUUCUCUCUUGAGGAGUACAAUAUUUUGGUUGAGGGAUGGUCUGCCAAGUUAGAGAGGUGUAGAGAUGGAGAUCAAAGAUGGGUGCUUGUACAUGCCUUUAAGCCACAGUGACUUGCAAUAAUAAUUAAAAUUUAUGUAUUUCUUUAUUUUUCCACCAAAAGUCCAAAAGUGUCACAAGAGUGUUAGUAGUGGUAGUACUCAUGUGAUAUUUCUAAAGAACUGCAUGCGGGAUUGAUUACAAAUAAAAUUUAAUAUUAUCAUA